AUGUUGUUUCUUUGGGGCUAUUCGGAAUUCUUCGUUAGUUUCGUCUUUGCCAUUAACAUUUUCUUAUUCAUUUUUCCCUUUUUCUUCUUCUUCUACUUCUUCUUAUUAUUAUUAUUAUUAUUUACGUUUUUUGCUACUUAUCCUCUCCCUUUUUCUUUAUUCGCACAUUCUUCGACUUUGACAAUAUUCCGUAUCACAACUCAUCUUCUUUUUUCAUCUUCUUCUUCUCCUCACCCUCUUCCAUUCAUUCAUUUUUCCUUUGACAAUAUUGCUAAUCACAUUUCUUCUUCUUCUUCUUCUUCUUCUUCUUCUUCUUCUUCUUCUUCUUAUUUUAUUAAAAUUUGUUUUUUCCUAGUCUUUUUUUUUUCUUUAUUAUUUCUUCUUCGUCUUUUUCUUUUUCUUCUUCUUCUAUUAAAACCUCUUUUUCCUAGCCUCUUCCUUUUUCUUUAUUCAUACCUUCUUCUUCUUCUUCUUCUUCUUCUUCUUCUUCUUCUUCUUCUGUCCCUUUUUCUGUUCAUGAUAAUAUUCCCAAUCACAAUUCGUGUUUUUCUUUUUUUCUCUUCUUUCUUUUUCACGCUUUCUCUUUUUGACAAUAUUACCUAUCACAAUUCUUCUUCUUCUUCUUCUUCUUCUUCUUCUUCUUCUUCUUCUUCUUCUUCUCAUCCUCCUCCUUUCGCACUUUCUCUUUAUGACAAUAUUCCUAAUGAAAAUUUUUCUUCUUCUUGCACUCUUCAUACGGAUAUUAUUAUUCUUUUUCUUCUUCUUUUACAUCACCUCUCUUCUUCUUCUUCUUGCUCAGUGGAAGAUUCCAACCUCUCCAAGACUGAAGAAGUCACGAAUGAAUCGAAGCAAUGUGAAGACACUGUUGAGGGCAGUGUCCAUCAUGAGUAUGCACCACCCGGUCAGACAGUAAACAAGAAGUACUACCGUCACGUGUUCUGGCGUUUGCCAGAUGCUGUUCGUCAGAAAAGGAUAGAAUUAUAUGCAUCCGGUGAAUGA